CGAGGCGGUGGUGGAAAUUUGUAUGCGUGUCUGUAUAUAUACUUUAUCGAUAUCCGCUGUUUUGUUCGUCACACACUGCUCGCCGAUCUCCAACUGCACCCACCAUCGCCAGUUCGCCACCGCCAUGGACUACGUCAGCACUCGCUCCUGCCCCUCUCGGCACGUGGUGCUCGUCGCCUUUCCCUUCGGCACCCACGCCGCCCCGCUCUUCGCCCUCGCCUGCGCCAUCGCCGGUGCCGCGCCUGCCGUCUCGCUAUCCCUCAUCAGCACCCAGCGGUCGCUCGAGUCCCUCCCCCCGGCCCCCGUCAGCCUCUCCCUCGUCCCCAUCGACGAUGGGCUGCCGGAGGCGGCGGAUCCUCCGGCGAGCGAGCAGGAGAGGAUCUCGCUGUUCCUUUCGGCCUUGCCGAAGACCCUGCGGGCGGCGAUGGACGCGGCGGUGGAGAAGGCGAGAGGUGCGGUGGCGACCUGCGUGGUGAGCGACGCGUUCAUGUGGAUGGCCGGAGAUGAGGCGGCGGAGGUGGGGGCGCCUUGGAUCGCCCUGUGGACCGGCGGGCCCGCGUCUCUGUUCGCGCAUCUCCGGACCGAUCUGCUCCGGGACACCGUCGGCGUCGGCGAUCAAGUCAUCGCUCGGCACGACGAAUUGCUCAGCUUCGUCCCUGCUUUAUCGGCGCAUCGAAUCCGCGACCUCCCCGAGGGCAUCGUCUCCGGCGAGAUCGACUCCCUCUUCUCGCGCCUCCUUCACCGAAUAGGCGAAAACAUCCACAAGGCCGCCGCCGUCCUCUUCAACACCGUCCGCGGCUUCGACCCGGUUAUCGAUGCGGAGAUGGAGCUCUGUUUCCCAAACCCCCUGCAUCUCGGCCCUUUGCACCUCCUCGCUCCGCCUCCGGCUUCCUGCCCCGCUCCUGAUGCGCACGGCUGCCUCCCGUGGCUCGACGGCCACGCCACCGCCAGCGUGGCCUACGUCAGCUUCGGCUCAGUCGUAACCCCGUCACUGGAGGAGCUUGCGAAUCUGGCGCAAGGGCUGGAGGCCAGCGGCGCCGCGUUCCUCUGGUCGCUGAGGGAGCGCGCGAGGGAGCUGCUGCCGCGGGGGUUCUUGGACCGGACCAGGGAGAGGGGCCUCGUGGUGGGGUGGGCGCCGCAGCAGGACGUGCUGCGGCACCCUGCGGUGGGGGUCUUCGUGACACACUGCGGGUGGAACUCGGUGCUGGAGGCGGCGGUAGCCGGCGUGCCGAUGGUCUGCCGGCCGUUCUUCGGCGACCAAAGGCUGAACGGAAGGACCGUCGCGGCAGUAUGGGGUAUCGGGGUGGGGUUCGAAGAAGGGUCGAUGACGGAGGAAGGGGCGGUGAGGGUGCUGGAGACAGUGCUGAAGAGCGAGGAAGGAAAGACGAUGAGGGCGAAGGCCGGCGAGCUGAAGGCCUCAGCGGCGAAAGCGAUGCAACCGGACGGGAGCUCAAUGCUUAACUUUAAUACCCUUUUGGGCUUCGCAAUUAAUAGUUUAACCAAACCGCACAAAUAAUUAUGGAAAUAUUUAUUUCACCCUUCUAUAAACAGCAGUCCGAAAAAGGACGUCAUUUAAAAAUAUUUUCAUAUUUGACGUGACUCCGAAUAAUUGCAGGAAUCAAAUUUUAUGGACGUUUGCACUUGA